AUGGGUAAGCGCAAGGGCCGCAACUCCGGCCAGCAAGCCAUCGCUGCGGCUCGCAAGCGGGCGCGUACGACGUUGCCGUCGCGCUUCGAGUGUCCGUUUUGCAACAUGCACAAAACGGUGGUGUGCACUCUUCAGUCAGACCGGGGCCGGGCUUCGGUGGCUUGCGAACAAUGCGGAAUGAGCUACAACACGACGUGCAGGACUUUGACGGAGCCAGUUGACGUGUACCAUGAAUGGCUGGACGCAUGUGAAGCUGCCGUACAUGAGGGCGAUGGAGAUGCGGCCGAGGCGGAGCCUUCCUGCACGACCCCGCGGCGGCCUCCCUGCUUGCGGAGCGCACAGGACUGGGCGGGGCAGCCGCCGCCGGGGCACUACCUGCUGGAUCCGGUAGAGCAUCUGCCCACGGAGGUCUCGUGCAAAUUCUAA